GGAGCCGAGGGGGACGGAGCUGCUUCUGCGUUCUGAUGGCUCAGCAUGCGACGGCGGGUCGGCGCUACCUGCGAGCCUUCGUCAGCGGGUUCUUCGUGGCGGUUCCCGUCACCGUCACCGUGCUCGACCGCUUGGCGUACGUGGCGCGAGUGGAGGGAGCGUCCAUGCAGCCGUUUCUGAACCCGGAGGGGGGGUUGGAGAGUGACGUUGUGCUGCUGAACCGCUGGAGUGUGAGGAACUACCAAGUCCAGCGAGGAGACAUCGUGUCCAUUCUCUCUCCCAGGAACCCCCAGCAGAAGAUCAUCAAGCGGGUGAUCGGCCUGGAGGGAGACUUCAUCCGAACUCUGGGAUACAAGAAGCGAUACGUUCGAAUCCCCGAUGGUCACUUCUGGAUUGAGGGCGAUCAUCAUGGACACAGCCUGGACAGUAACAGCUUUGGCCCGGUCUCGGUGGGACUGCUUCAUGGUCGAGCCUCUCACAUCAUCUGGCCGCCGAACCGCUGGCAGAGGAUCAAGCCGUGUCUCCCUCCAAACCGAGGGCCGCUGGACUCUGAGGAGGAGGACGGGUGACGGAGACAGACUUUACCCACACCUCCGCAGCGAGGCGGCGCUGCUGACUGCUUCUCAUGUUUCCUUUGUUUUUCUGUUGACCGAUUCCGUCUGAGCGAGCCGACACGUUUGACUACAAUAAAGACCGAGGCCGUUAGAAAGGAGCACCAGCAGCCGUCCUCAGUUUCCUGCUUCAUUC